UAUCAAUACAGCGCAAUUGUAAUUAUUCUGUGGUUGAAUAAUCACGGAUCGCAAUCCUCUUUAAAUUGAAUUAAAAUACGCAAAAGUUCACAGUAAUCGUAUUCUAAACGUUUAUCGCUGCGUACGGCAACACCGUAAGAUUCUGUUUGUUAUUGCGCAACUCGUUGUGCGGAGGGGCAAAAUAAAAAUAAAUUAAAGUGAAACUAAUUUCAAAAUGCAAAAUCCAAUUCAAAGGUUAGCCUACACUCUUGGUCAUCGUACCUACACCCGAUUGCCAUUGCUGUGCGCCGCCGGUGCGAGAUUAACAGAAACAACAACAAUUAACAUGCCGAUGGCAAACUCCACGCGCCUCUCCUCGUCCUCCGUGCUGGCCACGGAGUCAUCUAACAAGGGCAUGAUUAUCAUAAACAGGCCCAAAGCACUAAAUGCCAUCAAUUUAGAGAUGGUGCGCAAGAUCUACAAACAUUUGAAAAAAUGUGAAAAAUCCAAAUCCCUGAUGAUCAUCAAGGGCACCGGGGAGAAGGCGUUUUGUGCGGGUGGCGAUGUGCGCGCUCUGGUCGAUGCAGGACCCACGGACGAGUCGAAGAGCUUCUUCCGCGAGGAGUACACAACGAAUGCGCUGAUCGGCAACUACAAGAUACCCUACAUUGCCAUUAUCGAUGGCAUUACAAUGGGCGGUGGAGUGGGUCUCAGUGUCCAUGGUAAAUAUCGUGUGGCCACCGAUCGCACGCUGUUUGCAAUGCCCGAAACGGCCAUUGGGCUCUUUCCCGAUGUGGGCGGUUCAUAUUUCCUGCCACGUCUGCAAGGCAAGCUAGGUAUCUACUUGGGACUGACUGGUCAUAGGUUACGCGGCGGCGAUGUCUACUAUGCUGGCAUUGCUACCCACUACUGCGAGAGCAGUAAAGUGCCAGAAUUGGAAACUGCGUUGCUCAACUGCCCAGAUGCCGAUGAUGUGCCUGAGAUUUUGGAAAAGUUCCAUUCGAAACCGGAGAAGCCGUUCUCAUUGACGCCCGUGCUGGAGCAGAUCAACAAGCACUUCUCAGCCGGCUCCGUGGAGGAAAUACUGGAGAGCUUGCGAACCGAUGACAGUGAUUGGGCAAAGAAACAGCUGGAGAUCCUUAGCAAAGUCUCUCCCACCUCGCUGAAGGUAACAUUCCGUCAGUUGGAGCUAGGAGCCCAGCUAUCGCUGGCCCAGUGCCUGAUCAUGGAAUAUCGGCUGGCCGUGCGCCACCUGGAGCCACGCGCCGACUUCAAGGAGGGUGUGCGCGCCCUGCUCAUCGACAAGGAUCAGAAGCCCAAAUGGCAACCAGCCACCUUGUCCGAGGUCACCGAAGAGCAUUUGGACUGGUUCUUCAAGAAGUUGCCCGACACGGAGGAACUCAAACUGUAAUUAAGCUGUUGCUGCUUGCUUAGAAUUUUACUAGCACGCAAUUUCUGCUUGAGUUAUCCUAAUGUCUUCCUCUCUGUGCACUCUGCCCCGCAUUCUACAAUAGCUAAUGCAUAAACAAAUUCAGUUUAUUAUACAGUUUAGCAUGCAUUUUACAUUGAUUUGCAUGAGAAAUCUUUGAUAGAUGUGUAAUCUCUUUUAUCUCUAUUCCAAACAGCGACUAAAUCAAGGCCAACA